GGCUUUUGUCAACGUCAAUGUUAUGACAUGGAUACAUAUUUUAAAAAUAAAUAUAUAAAAAUCUUUAUAAUGUUUGUUUAAUAAGUGAAUGAGUUUCAUAUUUUGUCGGAAACAUUAUAUGUUUUGCCUAGAUUUUAUAAGAAAUGUAUACAUUGAUACAAAUAAUAUAUUAAAAUGGUAGUAUUUCAAUGGCGGUUUCAAUGGAGAGGACUCUACGGUAGAAUAAAGGAUUAUAUAACAUGGAAAAUUUCCCAAAUUGUGUUGACUUUUUACACUCUCACAUUCAACACACACAUGGACCAGAAUUAUAUAAUUGACUGCCUCUUGGAACCAAUUUUUUGGUUUGUCGAUAACUUUGCUGGUAACUUAGGAAAGGUUUUUGUAUUCUGUGUAACUGUUUUAACAACAGCUGUAGUAACUAUUGCUUACUGGGUUGGAUUGCCAUAUUGGUGGCAAAAAAAUGAGUAUAUAACAGUAUUUUUGGUGGUUUUCGGCAACUGGCUGCUACUGAAUAUUGUAUUUCAUUACUACAUGGGUGUUUCAACUCCUCCAGGAUAUCCACCUCAUGGUUCGAUGAUAUCAGAAGCUGCAAGUAUUUGCAAGAAAUGUAUUUCUCCAAAGCCACCCCGCACUCAUCAUUGUUCAGUAUGUGAUAGAUGUGUCCUGGCAAUGGACCAUCAUUGUCCCUGGUUAAACAACUGUGUGGGUUAUUUCAAUGUGCGUUACUUUUACCUCUACAUGGCUUACAUGGUAGCUGGAGUCGCUUUUGUCAUAAUCGCUGGUUUGGAUUUGGGCUAUCAAGUUCUUUGGGUUAAUGACACAGGUGGGUUAACACAGGAACAUGAUCCAGAUCUUAUAGGGCAUCCAGUUCGAAUGAACCAAAGUGGUGUCCUUGUACCAGUUCAAGUUAUCGCAGAGUAUGAUUCGGAGAAUUCACCUCGAGAGCAUCAUCUUCCUACGCCUGUCAUAACUGAGGCGCAGCGAAUAACUGCUCAUCCAUGGAAAAGAAAAGCAGUUGUUUUCAUGGCAGUUACGUGUUUAUCAGUAUUCUUCGCUCUCGGAACAUUAAUCAUAAUGCAUGGAAAAAAUAUCAGUAAGGGUGAAACAAGUGUGGAGGCUCAUAUUAAUGCGUCACUCAGAAAACUUGAUAAAAACCAAUUUAGGAAUCCCUAUAACUUUGGGAGAAAGAAAAAUUGGAAAUUAUUCCUUGGUUUGACCCAAGGGAGGACAUUUUUCAGGAAUGUUUUAUUUCCAUCGAAGCAUCCGCCAUCGGGUAAUGGACUUACAUGGCACACGAUUCACAACGCAAUUGAAGAUUGGCCGUAAAUAUUUAUAAUAGUUAUAAUUCUCUUCACAUUAAUCCAAAAUGGUGUGACAUCUUAGUACUUUGUGUGUACUUAAUAUUGAAAGGAAUUAUAUUAAUAUUUAAGAUUAAAAUAAAAUGCGAGAUUUACACUAAGAGCAGUCUAAGAUUUU